UGGGGCUCUUGCAGGGCGCUGCCGCGGCGCACGGAUCACCGGGCAGCCUCAGAACGCGGCGGAAGGCGCGCUUCGGACGCCUGAUCCAUCGCUGCGGCGGCGGAAGCGGUCGCUGGCUGGCGGCGAAUGGAAGGUGGUUUGUUUGGUGAUGGUGGGUUGGUCGGGGGCCGUCCGAGGAGCGACUGGCGCUCGUCGCGAGCGCUCUUCGACAGCCCCGAUGCUACGGCGGCGUCGAGCCCGACGGCGGCGUCGGAAGAUGCGGCGGUUGGAAGCCAUCCGACCGUGAGCAGCCUCGCGCCCACUGGUGGCGGCCCGGACGCCGGCAGCCCGGAUGCCGCGCACGAGACGGCGCCGAGUCGAGGCCUGCGCGACCUGCGCAGCCAGUCGAGCAUGGCGCUCGCGCCGGAGACGCUGGCCCGGCCCGUCUCCGAGGCCGCUCUCUCGCCGCGCACACGCUCCAUCGCCCAGCGCCUCAAGCGCCACCUGUCAUUACCACCCGCUUCGGAAAGCACGCGCCUCGACCGAGCCAUGCACGCGGCCUCGACGAAGAACGGCGGCACCGCAGCUAUCAGGCUCGGGGCGCGUUUGUGGGGCAUCCAGCGCGAAAUUGAGAGCGCGGCGCUCUUCGCUUGGUUGGAUACGAAGCAUAGAGGUUGCCUCGACGCCGCAUCGCUCCAUGACGGUAUUUCGCGAUUAUACGAGGAGACGCGGUUCACAGAUCCUCCUACACACCAGACCCUAAGGAGAUGGGUCUCGGCCGUCCCGAAGACUAGGGGCGAGCACACGGAGAUCACAAAAGCUUCGUUUGUUAGAUUUGUGUGUUCUAUCAACGUGGAUGAUCACAGACAAGAGGCGUGGGAGGGCCUCGAGGAGUGUUUAGGGCGGUGGCUCGUGCGACGGAGGCUACGUAGGUAUAGGUAUGGGGACGCGUAUACGCAGCUCUUUCUGGAAGUGUGCGGCGGCGACGACUUUGAGAGGGUCGAGGCGGAUGAUGUGGCACGGGCGUUACGCAUCUCAGGCUCGAAGGCGCGGGAAUUAACAGAUGUUGAUAAGAGCGAAGAUGGUUGCGUCGACCACGCGGGGUUCGUUAGGAUCGCAUCUUCACAGAAGAGAUGUUGCGCCUCGGUGCGGAGAACGCCGCACCUCUCGAAGACAGACCUGAAAAAGUUAUUUGGCGAGCAUAGCGUCGACGCGUACGGCGAGAUCACGGGCCGGGAGGUGCGCGUGUUGCUCGCGGACGUGGACCACAUCGAACGGUCAGCAGCUUCCUUACGAUCAAGGCAGCUCUUCGACGUGUCGAGCGGCGCGUCUCCUCUGCUACUGUACGACCCGGAAGCGUUCGUGGACCUAGUAAGGUCGCUGCGACGGUGCUUUUCUGUGGAGCAGGCGGACCACGUGGCGGAUCGGGUCCGGUGGCGCCUGGCGCGGCGCGGGCGGCCGGCGCCGGCGCCUUACGAGGCUCCCUCGAGUCUGGGAGACGUAAGCGCGAUGGUCAAGCGCAACGAUCACCGGCCUUCAACACGUGUGUAGUUGUGUGUAAGGGUG